AUGCGGGGGGACGCUCGGAUCCCUGCGGGGCUGUCUUUUGUCCGAGCUCUGCCAUUUCCCUGCCACGCUCAGUGUGGUUGUGGGGGGUUGGGUGAUGGGCCAUGCUGGUGCCACUCUGUCCCCCCAUCCCUCCCUGCAGGGCUGCCUCCAGCACGUGGCAGCAUGUUGGAGCUGGAGCGCAUGAUCAGAGUGACCACAGGGAAGAGUGCCUUGCUCUCCUAUAGCUGGUAUGGGUGCUUCUGCGGCAUCGGGGGCAGAGGGACCCCAGUGGACCCCACUGACACCUGCUGCCAUGCCCAUGACUGCUGCUACAGGCAGCUGCGAGAGAGCAGCUGCAGCCCCCUGAUAACCCCCUACCAGUUCGAUGUCACCGAUGGGGACAUCACCUGCGGUGAUGAGCAAAGCUGGUGCAAGAAAGAGACCUGCCUUUGUGACAGGGCCGUGGCUUCGUGCUUUGCCAGCGCUCUGCCUUCCUACAACGUGUCCUACCGCUUCUACUUCAAGCUGAGGUGCAGAGGGAGCAAACUCCAGUGCUGAAAUCUGCACACGUCUGCCGGUUUUGAGUGCCUUUCCUCAUUGCUGUGGGAAGAACAGGGUGAUGUGGGUGCUGAGAGGGGCUGCAGCCCUCCUGCCGGUGAGGUGACGUGCAGGGUGAGCAGAGCACAUGCGAUGGCUGGAGAUCCCCAGCUCCCCAAAAGAGAGUCCUUACCCCUUCCUCCUCUCUUUUCUCUACUGAUUUCGUCUUCCAGCAAAAAGGAAUUGAAUAAACGGUGUGAAAAAUGCUCUGUGGUGUUUUGCUGUUGGACCACUGGGAUGGGUCUGUCCCUUGCAUUGAGAAAUGGGGACAAAUACAUGCCACCAAGUAAAACUCCCUGGGGCUUGUCAACAAAACUUCCCUGCAGCGAGCCUGGGGUUGGUGGCUUCUCCCAACAUCCCCCUCCUUCUUCUCUGAACUCACUCCCAGAGCUAACAUGCAGAGCAAACUUCAUAUUUUGAUGGUCAGGGGAUCAUCCCUUCUCAGUCUGUCAGCGAAGGCUCAGUAUUUUUUGCCAGUAUUCAAGGAUUGUCUGCCCCCUGUGAGCCCUCUUUAGGGCUUUGAUUUACACCUUCCGAAUCAGGGCUGGUUAUCCCACAAUACAGCACCAGCAGGGCUGGUAAAGCAGAGGAAAACACCCCCGAGCUGCUAGGACUGGGGCAGAGUGUAUUGCCUUCCUCCUGCACUGGAAGUGACAGCU